AUGUUUUCAAUGUUCGCCAGAAUCUUUCUUCAAAGGACUUUGUAUUCGGCUACAUUAUCCAACAACACCAGCAUUUUUAGGUGUCUUAAAACUAUAGCACCUUCCAUUGACCAGUGUAGCAAUCCUUUCAGUGGUAAAGGUAGUUGUGGCAGAAGUGUGCCUAAUGAUGAUUACUUUGCAACAAUUCAUCAUGUAUCUAACAUUGUACGGCGGGAUAUUUACCUGGAGCGGACCCUUAACAAGAUGCAUAUUUCAAGUAUUGUCAACUCUGAACUGGUGUACCGUGUCCUUAGAAGUUGUUGCCAACAUGGUAUUGAAUCUUUUCGUUUCUUUAACUGGGCUCGGACUCAACACCCUCAGUAUGACCCAACUACCGUUGAGUUUGAAGAACUUCUUAAGACCCUUGCCCGGACUGCCCACUGGGAGACAAUGUGGAAAGUAGUCCAGCAGAUGAAAGCCCAAAAUAUUCCUAUCUCACCGUCCAUUGUUUCAUUCAUUAUUGAACACUAUGGUAAGCGUGGUCUCAUUGAUCAGGCUGUCGAGCUUUUCAAUCGGCUCAAGAACUUCAACUGUCCUCAAACUACUGAAGUAUACAAUGCUAUGCUUUUCGCACUCUGUGAGGUCAAGAAUUUCCAAGGGGCCUAUGCAUUGAUUCGGAGGAUGAUACGGAAAGGUACUGUUCCAGAUAAGCAGACAUAUUCUAUUCUUGUAAAUGGCUGGUGUUCUGCCGGGAAGAUGAGAGAGGCACAAGAGUUCUUGGAGGAAAUGAGUCGAAAGGGCUUCAAUCCUCCUGUACGUGGGAGGGACCUUCUAAUUGAUGGGUUGCUCAGUGCUGGAUAUCUAGAAUCAGCUAAAGGAUUGGUGAGAAAAAUGACAAAGGAGGGGUUUGUGCCAGAUGUUGGAACAUUCAAUUCUUUGGCAGAGGCUAUAUGUAAAACUGGGGAAAUCGACUUUUGCAUUGACCUUUUCAAUGAUGUUUGUAGAUCGGGGCUUUGUCCUGAUAUCGAGACUUAUAAGAUUGUCAUAACUUCUGCUUCAAAGGUAGGUAGGAUUGAUGAGGCAUUUCAGAUUCUUCAUAGGUCAAUUGAAGCUGGACACCGGCCAUUUCCCAGUUUAUAUGCUCCAAUACUAAAAGCUUUCUUCCGGAGAGGACAGUUUGAUGAUGCAUUUAGCUUUUUCAGUGAUAUGAAGCUGAAAGGGCAUCCACCAAAUCGACCUCUUUAUACCAUGUUGAUAAAGAUGUGCUCUCGUGGAGGUAGAUUUGUAGAGGCGUCUAAUUAUUUAGUAGAAAUGACCGAGUUAAAUUUGUUGCCUAUGUCACGAAGCUUUGACAUGGUGACAGAUGGAUUGAAGAAUUGUGGAAAGCAUGAUCUAGCCAAAAGGAUCGAGCAGUUGGAGAUAUCUGUCAAGGGCAUCUGAAUUAUUGUUGUGGAUUGAGCAGUUGGAGAUAUCUCUCCAAUAGACUCAAGGCUGUGCGAAUGAUCUGCCCUUUGUUUGAUA